AUGGUUGGUAGAAGAAAAAGAACGAAAAUUUUUUUUUUUUCCUUCUCGAAAUAUAAAUAUUCGCGGAAAAACUGGUGGCAAAAACAAAGAAAAACCAGGGCAAGUAUGGCUGACGACAUUGUUAGAGUAUAUGUGUACGACCUAUCACACGGACUAGCAAGAGUGUACUCCCCUAUGCUUUUGGGGAUCCUGAUAGAUGCAAUCUACCACACAUCCGUUGUAAUACGCAACAAGGAGUACUACCUCGACCAAGGAAUCAAGGUCAACUCGCCACCCGGCCACACCAAAUACGGUACACCCAUUGAAGUAUUAGAAAUUGGCACCACAGGUGUUGAUGACGAGCUACUCACAGACUUUAUCAACGAAUUGAAAGACCACUCAAAGUACCAUGCAGUAAACUAUGACUUAUUCACAAACAACUGUAACCAUUUUACUGAUGUCGUGAUUGAGUUUUUAUGUGGCAAGAAUUUAGAGGACCGUAUAUUAAGGUUGCCAAACACGGUGUUAAACACACCAAAUGGCCAGCUAUUACAACAAAUGUUUAGUGGAGCAACUUUUUAG